AUGUUUGUCUAUCAUCAUUUUGUGGUUUUACUUUUUAUAACUGCAAUUAAUGCAAAUAUUGAAGUGGAUAAUGAAACUGUAGACUUCACCUGUGAAUUUCAUAGUUUAAUAAGGGGUAUUUAUGCCGAAAGAUCUUACAAAACAAUCUUCCUACAAACACGAAGCGCUGAGGAUUGCAUUGAUGAGCAUUUGUUGCGUUAUUGGCCGGUGCCAAUCAUUAAUUUGGGUGCUGAGGAAACUAUGUACUUAAAGAAUAACUACAAUUCUGAAAUGCUGGCUAUAAUGUGUCUUGCUACACUAAAUGACCUCAAUUUAUUGGAUCUGACAAGCAUUUAUUACACUUACACACCAUUUCCAUCCUUCGAACUGGAGCAACAUAAGCUAACAAGUGCAGCCAAGUUUUUUAUUAAUCGUCUAACAAAUCUGAAAGGCAAGAUAUUGCUUACAUUACCCGAUUUGUUUGAGCCACGCACUAUAUUGUACACCGAUAAAUCAGGCCAGCAGAAAAUUGGUGGCUAUAUUGGCAAAUUUAUGCAUUACUUUGCUGCAUACUACAAUUGCACUCUACAAUUUGCUUACAAUAUUACACCGCAUAAUGUUUAUCACAAUUCCGAACUGUUACUAACUGCACGUAAUGAGACAGUGGAUAUACCCAUCAGUCUCAUAUCAGCCCAGAAGGGCUUUAAUAUCAACGAGUUCAGUUAUCCAGUUGAAAUUGGUAAACUGCUGACGAUGAUACCAGUUGAACCCCCAGUACCUACAAAUAUGAUAUUACUACAAAUAUUUAAUCUUAAGACAAAUCUUUGUCUUUUUGUUAUUCAUUGGUUGUUAUCACUGCUAUUAACACUACAAACUUCAAAACAACGUUUGACUAAGAAAAACAGUACUGCUUUUACUGCCAAACUAACAAUGCUGCUCACGGAUCCACCCACAGUAGAAAAGAUUCACAGUUUUGACGAUGUCCGCGCUCUAAAUAUGAAAAUAAUGGUUUGUGAACAAGACAUACCACGUAUUACAUACUACGCUGGCGAAACCUUUUGGCAAAAUUAUAAGCCCAUCUUCAAAAUCGUCAAAACUUUUAAUGAGUUUCAGUCUUAUAGGCAGGCUUUGAAUACUAAAUAUGCAUAUUUGAUAUCUUUGACGGUUUGGCCAGUUUUCGAGGAACAACAGAAUUAUUUUGCUACAAAAUUAUUUCGUCUUUCUACCGAUCUCUCCUUUACAAAUUUCAUACUAUACGCUUUUGCUGUACAGGAGAACUCAUUUUACAAAGAACCUCUCAGACAAUUCUGUGUCCUUGUGCAGGAAACUGGAAUUUAUCAACAUUGGUAUGCUAUGAGUUUCUACGAAAUGGUCAAACUAGAAAAAAUUAAUUUUGUGGAUCUUAGUGGCGGAUAUGAACAACACUC